AUGUCUACGCCCUUUCGGAGGUCGCGAAACACAAGAGAAUACAAAACGAAUGUCUACGCCCUUUCGGAGGUCGCGAAACACAACUCCCGGGAGGAUUGCUGGCUCAUCAUCAAUGGCAAGGUCUAUAACGUGGCUCAAUUUCUGGAAGAUCAUCCAGGGGCAGAUGAGGUCUUGUUGGCAGUAACCGGUCAGGACGCAACUGAAGAUUUUGAGGAUGUAGGGCAUAGCACAAUUGCAAGGGCUACGAUGCAUGAAUAUUAUGUUGGUGAGAUUGAUGUCUCCACAAUCCCAACGAAGGUUAAAUAUAUUCCUCCCAAGCAACCUUUCUACAAUCAGGACAAGACGGCGGAUUUCGUAAUUAAGAUCCUACAGUUUUUGGUUCCAUUAGCAAUACUGGGAUUGACUGUUAUAGUGAGGAUCUACACAAAAGCAGCCUCGAAUUAG